UCGUUGAAAUUUGCCUUUAUUUGUUAUUUGCUAGACACUAGAUUCACUAGAUCUAGAAUCUCAAUCUAGACUCUUGGUUUUAGAAUUUAGAUCUAGAUCUAGAUUAUCUAGAUCUAGAUUUAUUUUAUAUUAAGUUGAUCUAAACCCCAAAAGAAUGUAAUGUUGUCAUGUGAUGACAGCUGGCAUGUCAAUCACUUCCAUACUGCCUAAAGGGAAAGUCAUUCAAGGCUAUGUCCAAUUAGAGGCUAAAGUCAUUCAAGGCUAUGUCCAAUUAGAGGCUAGCUGCAGAAUCAUCAUCCACUUCACCUAAUACAUCUUUUGUUAAAAUUCUGGCAAGUGAUGUCACAGACUCAUCAUCUGUGAAUCAGUUUUCCACACGUCGUUGUAUGAAAAGUUGUAUGAAAAUGCAAGCUGAUUUAAAACUGUCAAACAUCCGGCAUAGGAAUAUCACCCAAAGCCACACAUCCAAAGGAGCUAAACCAUGUGACCGGGGAUAUUUUGGGUCAAAGCCUGAUGACAGGCGUGACCUUAGUGAUUGCCAGAGUUCCUCCGAGAUCUUGUGGGAGCAAGAUGAGAGAAGGAAAGAGACAAAAGCCUACUACCUGUGCUGGCUGGUGCUGACCUCACUCUCCCUCUUGACAAGAGUCUAUAACAUUGAAACCCCUGCCCAUAUAUGCUGGGAUGAAACCCACUUUGGCAAGAUGGGGAGCUGGUACAUCAACAGAACAUUCUUCUUUGAUGUGCAUCCACCACUCGGCAAGAUGCUGAUUGGUCUAGCUGGUGUCCUGACGGGUUAUGAUGGCAGCUUUCCCUUUAACAAGCCUGGGGACCAAUACAUGGACACACAGUAUGUGGGCAUGAGGAUGUUCUGUGCUGUGAUGGGAGCCCUGCUGGUGCCACUGUCCUACCAAAGUGUCUGGCUCCUGACUCACUCCAUCCCUGCCUCAAUAUUUGCUGCAGCCCUCAUUCUCUUUGAUACUGGCACGCUGACCUUGUCCAGACAUAUCCUGCUUGACCCCAUCCUUAUGUUCUUCAUCAUGUCAGCCACAUACUCUUGUCUCAUGUUUUUGACGUAUAAAUCCAGCCCUUUCACGCUACUGUGGUGGCUAUGGAUGUGUGUGACUGGAGUUUGUCUAGCCUGUGCUAUAGGGGUAAAGUUUGUUGGUCUGUUUGUGAUUGUGCUGGUAGGUUACACCACAGCAACAGAACUCUGGGGCCUGUUGUCUGACCUCUCCAUCAGCAUGGUAACUCUGUGUCACCACGUCAUUGCAAGAGUUAUUGGCCUUAUCAUCUUACCUCUUGUGGUCUACAGUUUAUUCUUUGCUCUACACUUCCGUGUGCUUGACCACAGCGGAAAUGGAGACGGGUUCUUCAGUUCAGGCUUUCAGUCUCAGCUCAUUGGAAACAGGCUGUAUAAUGUCAGCAUGCCACAGUAUGUGGCCUAUGGCAGUGAGAUCACCUUAAAACAGAGACGGACAGGUGGGGCUUACCUGCACUCCCACCCUCACCUGUACCCAGAGGAGCACCCACCUAAGCAGCAACAGGUGACCACGUACAGCCACAAAGAUGAGAACAACAAAUGGAGGAUAAAGCCAGCAGACAGGGACCCACCCCAAGAGCUGCUCUACAUUCACACUGGGGACUUGGUUCGUCUGGAACAUGUUGCAACCCGACGUAACUUACACAGCCACAGGGAGCCAGCACCACUCAGCAAACAUCACUACCAGGUGUCUGGGUAUGGGCAGAAUGGAACUGGUGAUGCUAAUGAUAUUUGGUUGCUGGAGGUUGAAGGGUCCAGUCCAGGGGAGAGAAUUCAAACGGUGAGGUCAAAGAUCAAGUUCAUCCACUACCAUGUCAAAUGUUUACUGCACUCCCAUGACAAAAAACUUCCUAAAUGGGGUUGGGAGCAGCUGGAAGCAACAUGUCAACCUAACCUGAGGGAUACAACAUCUGUAUGGAGUGUUGAGGAGGUCAUUGAUGCCAGGUUGCCAAACGUGAGUUUUGAGGUGUACUCGCCAAGUUUCCUGGAGAAGUUUCUAGAGAGCCACGCCGUCAUGACCCAGGGCAACAGUGGACUCAAGCCUAAGGAGGGGGAGAUGACCUCACGACCUUGGCAGUGGCCUAUAGACUACAGGGGUCAGGUGUUCUCUGGCCAGGACCACAGGAUCUACAUGCUGGGCAACCCUGUCAUCUUCUGGUUCCUGCUGGGGGUCAAGGCUGUGUUUAUCAUCAUCUGGGUUUCCUUUUCUGUCUGUGUCAAGCGCAAGUUCUCCAUCAACCCAAAUCUCAAAGUUUACUGCCAGCGUACACUAAAAGUCUGCUGGUGGCUGCUGAUUGGCUGGUUCCUACACUACGCACCUUUUUGGGGCAUGACACGAGUCCUGUAUUUCCAUCAUUACUUCCCAGCAUUCCUCUACAGUGCCAUGUUUGGAGGUGUGAUGCUAGACUUCCUCAUCACGCUGCUGUGUGUGUGUGUGUCUGACAACUUGGCCAUGAGAAUCUUCCAUUGGUGUCUGGUCCUCAUCGCGGCCUUCAUCUUGUGGAGUUUUUACCUCUUCUACCCCCUGACCUACGGAAUGUUUGGACCAAUGGCAAGUGAGGAAAACAGCUCCAUGCAUCGGCUCAAGUGGAUGGAAUCCUGGGACAUUUAGCUGGACGGUGGGAGGGGACAUUUAGCUGGACGGUGGGAGGGGACAUUUAGCUGGACAAAGGGGGUGGGGGUCCACUUAGGUGGACAGCUGGUUCCUGACAUUCCAAAUGAUGUUAAAGUCAAAUCAAACUUUUAUUGCCAUAGCAGAUUGUCCAUGUAUAUUUACUUAUAAAUAUUUAUUUGUUUCUCACUGACCCACCUUACUGCUGACUACUUCAUUGAUUGCAUUUAUCACUGCUGCACUAUAUGGCCUAGUUCAUGAUUUUAAUAGCAGAUUACUCUCCCCUUGUGUCUGUUUACAAACAUGACCAUUUACUCCAAGUACCACAAGAGGGUGUGGGCAACCCCCCAGACAUGUGUCCUGUAAUCUUUCAGCUUUACCCAUGAUGAAAUGUAUAUAGAGAAUCUCCAAAUAAUUUUAAACACAAUUAUUUAUCUCACAGAUUUGUUUAGUAUUUGAAUCACUGUAUGACCAGAGCAGCACAAAAUGUACUCAACU